UCUCUUUUCCAUUAUAAUCCAUUCAUUCCAUUUAGUGAUGGCAAUGAGGCGGGGAGGGGGUGGCAGGUAGGUAGGUACCUCAAUACUCAUGCCUCCACACUACUGCGGGUCGGGGUAGAUAAUACCGCACAUUUAUAGGGCGGGGUGGAUUGACCCACUUUUGAAAAAAUAAUUCACCCAUAAUUUUAUAUUUCACGAUAAAAUGAAGGGUAAAACACUUUAUGAAUGAAAAAAAUUAAUAAUAAAAUGGGCAAUUGAGUCUAACUAGUUGAAAGAUCGAGAUCGAGAUGAGCCAAGAAUAGAACAUGUCGUGACGAAAGUGGGGAUCUAUAUCCCGCCCUAUGGUACAGCGAAACAGAUAAUACCCGUCCAAUUACAUGCCAGGUCGGGUAAUACUCUCGAAACAGAUUCAAAUUGUCAUCACUAAUUCUAUUAACGUUAAAUGUGUUGAAGUGAUGUUGACCCUUGAGAGUUGAGACAUCCAACCUGGACGGCCCAUUUUUACCAUGAGCCCAAAUAAAAAAUCCAACAGCAUCGAGAGCUCUACAAGGAAGUGCAGCAGUUGCCGUUUGGUUUCACUCCUUCCGUCUGCCGAUGCGACUACAAGGAUGGGCUUUUUAACUCUGCCGAUGCGGAUCCGACUGCUCCAGCCCAUCUCUUCCACCAGACGACCAGCCCGUUUUCUAGGAGAGCUUCCGUCCAGCCGGCGGUUUAGAGAAAUCGCCCAAAACCAAAAGCAAGUUCUAGAAGUCUCCUCUUAUCGUCUCAUCAUCAAAAUUAAAACCCAUCUCUCAGCUCUCCUCACUGUGAAAGCUAAACUAGGGUUUUAUCUUCUCCUCAAAUUCAAUCCGCCCACCUAACCCUCUCUACUCUUUGCAAACCAGUCACUGCAGUUUUCAGGUAACGUAACAUCUUCCUCUCGUUAAUUGUACUCAUGUUUCACAUUUCGGAUGCGAAAUCCUGAUGGGAUUUUGCUGUUAUGAGAUUCAGGUAAGCAUAGUAAUGGCGGCCUCUCAGCUCACAGCAUCUUCCAUCUCGGUUUCGGCCAGGAACUUGGUUUCCUUCGAAGGCCUAAAACCUUCCGCGGUAAAGUUUGCAUCUUUCGGGACAUUGAAGUCCGGUGGCUUGUCCCAACGCUCGUUCCGGGGAUUGGUUGUCCAAGCUGCCACUGUCGUCGCCCCUAAGUAUACUUCGAUUAAGCCCCUGGGUGACAGAGUGUUGGUGAAGAUAAAGACUGUGGAGGAGAAAACUGGUGGUGGGAUUUUGCUCCCCUCUUCAGCACAGUCAAAGCCUCAAGGAGGCGAGGUUGUUGCUGUUGGAGAGGGCAAGUCAAUUGGUAGCAAAACCUUGGACAUUAGUGUCAAGACCGGUGCCAAGGUUGUCUAUUCCAAGUACGCUGGUACUGAGGUUGAAUUCGAUGGUGAAAGCCAUCUGAUAUUGAAGGAAGACGACAUUGUCGGUAUUCUUGAGACAGAAGACAUCAAGGAUCUCAAGCCCCUCAAUGAUAGAGUUUUCAUCAAGGUCGCUGUGGCUGAAGAGAAAACUGCUGGAGGUUUGUUGCUCACAGAGGCAUCCAAAGAGAAGCCUUCCAUUGGCUCGGUGAUAGCAGUUGGACCUGGACCUCUGGACGAGGAAGGUAACACGAAGCCUCUGUCUAUCUCCCCUGGAAACACUGUGUUGUACUCCAAGUAUGCAGGGAAUGACUUCAAGGGCACUGAUGGUUCCAACUACAUUGCCCUUAGGGCUUCAGAUGUGAUGGCUGUCCUCUCGUAGUUUGGAUUGUUCCUUUGUCUGGGUUAGAUAGAGUGCUGGAUGUACCUCCUGAAUUUUGUGGGUUGAGAAAUGGCAUACACCAAUUUGUAGCCUUAAAUUGUAACCGGAUUGUUGUGUUAUGAUCAAAGAACGGUCAAGUUAUGAAUAAUGAAGGUAUGCAUGCUCGGAGUUCCCUCAUUUUGUGACAAGUGUAUAUUUUUGCUCUCUGGCUUCUAGCUCAUCACACAAUUCCUGAAGGGAGGGCAUGAAUUCGGUCCAGGCCAAACAUAAAACAAGUAUAGGACUAAACGUGCCUAAUCGUGAAACUUCAACAUUGCUACCUCUCCAUCAUGUUCUGGGAUUCUAUCACCAAACCAACGAAUCAAUAAGAAUGCAAGUUCUGGAUUUGUGGUAUCCAACAAGUGAUUUUUGUAGGUGAUGUUGGAUAAAGUGGUAGUUAGUGAUGGAUAAAAUGUCAGUGGGGGAGUGAUCUUUAAAGAAAUUCAGUUGUUAUUACAUUGUUUUCAUCUCGUUUGUAUUCGUUUUGUUGGUCGGUUGGAGAGUAGGGCGAUGCAUCUGGUGGUCAAAAAGUCCUUUCAUUGUUCCUUAAUUUGGUAAGAUUUGAUUUUUGUUCUUGGCUACGUGCAGUGAUAUAACUCUAGUGUACUUCCUUAUUCUCGAUAAUACGAAUCAUCUUUUGCUAAUAAUAAAACCUGCCUAACAGCUUGUUGGGGUUCUUCACUUGGCUUCAGAUGUGAUGGAUGUCAUGUCCUCACGUAGUCUGGGGUAAUGUAGAACGAUUGCACUUCCUAAACUCUUCUUGUUCGAGUCUUUCUUCACUAGGGCCAAAUUGGUGAUAACACCAUUCAUGGCUUUCCUAGAAGUCCGAUGCCCCCUAACAACGACAAUGCAUAGAAGUCAAAUCCACACAAACAAGACCAGAUCGUUUGAUCCCCAACAAAUGGUUGUGAAUUGUUAUAAACGCGCUGCUACAGAUCGGGAAAUUGCCGGAAUCGAUAAAGCAAAAAUAUGAAA